AUGAAUCUGAAUUACCUGGAUUCACGUACAAAAAUACGAGACCUGCAGUCACUGAAGAUCUUGUUAGAAGACGUGCAGAACACAACAACUGUGAAAAAAAUUCUCUAUCUUCAGAAUAAUCUAAUUCCAAAAAUUGAAAAUGUGGGCAAACUAAAGAAGCUGGAAUAUUUAAAUGUAGCUUUAAACAACAUAGAAAGAAUUGAAAAUCUGCAAGGUUGUGAAGAACUGAAGAAACUUGACCUGACAGCAAAUUUCAUUGGUGAACUCUCCAGUAUUGAAACCCUAAAAAACAAUAUACAUCUGAAGGAACUGUUUCUAGUGGGUAACCCAUGUACUGAAUUUGAAGGUUAUAGACAGUUUGUGGUAGCAACUCUUCAUCAAUUAAAAUGUUUGGAUAGUAAAGAAAUAGAACGUUCAGAGAGGAUUCAAGCACUUCAAAAUUAUCCAGAAGUGAAACAGAAAAUCAGGGAACAGGAACAAGCUUACCUUCUCAAAAGGGCCAGAGAAAAAGAAGAGGCUCAAAGAAGGAUGCAAGAAAGAAAGGACAAGAAACAAAAACAACUGGAAUCUAAGCUUGGAUUUGACAGCCCAGACUCCCUACAGAACAAAGAAAAUCAUGAAGCAGAAGGAGGCAGAGAACAAGAAACAUGGAGAACAGCUGAAGAUGAUGAAGAAGACAGAAGAUUUUGGGAGGAGCCUACACCGUAUACUCCGGAAUCUAGAUUAGAAACUCACAGAUAUAUUGAAGAAAAACGGAGAGCUAAAGACAGUACAAGGGAAUCAAAAAAGAAAGAGAAGCCUCUUCGGACAUUGGUCACUGCAGAAGGAAAAGUUCUGAACGUGAAUGUGCCUAAGCUUCAUUUCUCUUUGAAUGAUGAUGAACAAAACAACCAGAUCAUCUUGGAUCUUGCUGUUUACAGACAUUUGGACACUUCUCUGCUUGAUGUUGAUGUCCAGCCAACUUACAUACGAGUACUGGUGAAGGGAAAGCCAUUUCAGCUUGUGCUCCCUGAGGAAGUGAAGCCAGACGGCAGCUCUGCUAAAAGAUCACAAACAACUGGUCAUUUAGUUGUCAGCAUGCCAAAGGCUAAAGAAAUAAUCUUGGCUAAACAAAAAGUAUUGACUUCAAUGAAAGAUUCUGACUGCAAUACAGUGCAACAAAAUGCAAAAAGUGUGAAAGUUGAGAAAUUAGAAGUGGAUCCCAGUAAAUAUUCAUUCCCUGAUGUGACAAAAAUAAUCCAAGAGAAGGAACGAAUUGGACAGGGACCUAUUAGGCUACAAGCGGAGAAGAUUACAGAGACUCAGGAGAGUUAUGUUGAUUUUGAAAAUAAUGAUGUUCCUCCCUUAAUUUGA